AAAGUUUGCCCAGCCCAGUCAGCUGACUGGGGGAAGAGGAGGAAGGGGUGGAGCUGUCUGCUCGAGUUGUCAGCUGAGAAGCCCAGGAGACUGAACACAGGGCAACAAGAGGACACUUAAACCUGGGACAGAACCCUGGGGACUUAGACUCGGGAAAGAAGCAAGCCAGCCUACUGAACUGGAGGGACCUGAGCCACAGGGAACUCAGCUGGGCCGGGAGUUUGGCCACCACCCUGCCCAGGACAUAAAGAAAUGCAGCCACAUUGGGGCUUUUGUGGCUGGACUUUAUGGGAUCCUCCAGCGGGGCAGACCCAGGGACGAAGACUUCCCACUAUGAGAAAAGUCAAGCCUCUGGGGAACGUUUGGAUGGGCUUGGCGCUGGGUAGCUUCCUGGUUCUCUGCUGCUUGAUUGAGGCCAGACCACAGCCUAGCAGAAGGGACCCCCAAUGGUUUCGGCAAAUCCUGCCUGUCCUCGGUGUUGAAUUUGAGUUACAGAACUUCAGUUGCUCAGUGUGCAAGACCCUGUUCACUGCCAUCGACAUUGGGUUGAAGAUGGAACCCAAUGUGGCUCGAGUGGGGCUUGUGGCCACCGCUGUGUGUAAACAACUGAACCUAGCACCACCCAAUGUGUGCCAGUCUAUUAUCAAGCUUUAUGAAAAAGAUAUAGUGGAGAUAUGGACACAUUCUGUGCUGAGCCCCUCUGAAGCCUGUGGACUGCUUCUAGGUUCUUCCUGUGGACAUUGGGAUAUCUUCUCAGACUGGAAUAUUUCCUUGCCUGCUGUGCCCAAACCCCCAUAUCAUCCUCCUGCUCCCCCAGCGCCAGGUGCCCCCAUCAGCCGUGUGCUCUUCCUCACAGACCUGCACUGGGAUCACGACUACAUGGAGGGUGCAGAUCCUGCCUGUCCUGACCCCUUGUGCUGUCGAAAAGGCUCAGGUUUGCCACCUUCAUCCAAGCCUGGCGCUGGCUACUGGGGUGAAUACAGCAAGUGUGAUCUGCCACUGAGGACCUUGGAGAGCCUGCUAGCGGGAAUAGGCCCUGCCGGCCCCUUUGACAUGGUUUACUGGACAGGAGACAUCCCUGCCCAUGAUGUCUGGAGUCAGACCCGCCAGGACCAACUACGGGCACUGACUACUAUCACUGCCCUUGUGAAGAAGUACCUGGGACCUGUACCCGUCUAUCCAGCUGUGGGCAAUCACGAGAGUACCCCAGUCAACAGCUUCCCUCCUCCCUAUGUACAUGGGAACCACUCAUCCAGCUGGCUUUAUGAAGCGAUGGCCACAGCCUGGAAAUCUUGGCUCCCUCGAAAUGCCCUCCACACCCUCAGGAUUGGGGGGUUCUAUGCCCUCUCACCUAGGCCCGGCCUCCGCCUAAUCUCCCUCAAUAUGAACUUUUGUGCCCGGGAAAACUUCUGGCUGAUGAUCAAUUCCACAGACCCUGCGGGGCAGCUACAAUGGCUGGUGACAGAACUGCAGGCUGCUGAAAACCGAGGAGAGAAGGUACAUAUCAUUGGUCACAUUCCCCCUGGACACUGUCUGAAGAGCUGGAGCUGGAAUUACUAUCGAAUUGUGGGCAGGUAUGAAAACACCAUAGCUGCUCAGUUCUUUGGUCACACCCACGUGGAUGAAUUUGAGAUUUUCUAUGAUGAGGAGACUCUGAGCCGACUGGCUGUGGCCUUCUUGGCCCCCAGUGCUACCACCUAUGUGAACCUUAACCCUGGUUAUCGAGUCUACCUAAUCGACGGCAACUACCCAGAGAGUUCCCAUGUGGUCCUGGACCAUGAAACCUACAUUCUGAAUUUGACAUUGGCCAAUGUUCCCGGGGCCACCCCCAAAUGGGAGUUCCUCUAUCGGGCCCGAGAAACCUACGGGCUUCCCAAUGCUCUGCCAGCAGCCUGGCAUGACCUAGUGUACCGCAUGCGGGGCAACGAAGGGCUUUUUCAGACCUUUUGGUACCUCUACCACAAAGGUCAUCCUCCUGUAGAGCCCUGUGAAGGUGCCUGCCGCCUUGCCACCCUCUGUGCCUUGCUCUCUGCCCGUUCAGACAGUCCUGCUCUCUGCCGACACCUGGUACCAGACCUGCCCUUACCCCAUACUGGAAGUCUUUGGCCGAAGCUUGCAUUUUGCUAGCAAACAAAAGCUCGGACAGCCACAGGGAAUCAGGAAAAAUGGAUGGGGUCCAGUGCAUUGCUGAAGGGAGGAAGUCCUGAUCUCACUUUAUGGAGCAUUAAACAGGAGGAGGAGGGUUAAACAAUCUGAAUGUGCCAUAGACUCAGGUGAGCAAGGAUGGUUUUUUCCCUGGAGGCAUCUCAGCACCUGAGAGACUUGUCUGGCUGGACAGAAAGGAGGAAGCAGCUCUUAGGACACAAUGUGGGCAGGAAAUUGAAGCUCCUGUGUAAGCAACACCCAUCAAGACUGCUAUUGGUCCUGCUUCCUUCAAGACUACUACGAAACAAGCUCAGGACCUUAGCAGCAGCCCCUUCCCUUGCCCUCAUGCUGGUUCUAGUUGCCUCAAGGAUAUCAGAACUGAAGGGGCGCAAAGUACUGGUAUUCCCUUAGCCUGCUGGACAGGAGCUCCCCCAUCCAAGGUUGCCUAAUCCCCUGGGACAGCUACAAUAAAUGUAUGUGACUCAGUGGCCUCCUUU